AUGGUUCAGACAUCUACGUUUUCACCCCGAUUAACCUUCAACGUCCGAUCAACUCUCCGCCAUCCGCAGUCAGCGCGAAUAAUCGAGCCGUUCACCGACGAAAAGCGAGCGUCAUCAAUCCAACGGGUCAACAACGCCGCGCGCGCUCGACCCCCCGCGCACGGCACGAUGCUCCCCGGAGGAGGCUUCAAUCAAGGCGGCGGCGCGCCCACGCCCAGCCGCCCGUCGUUCCCGCACGAGCGCAGACGCGCGGCGGCGGCGGCGGCGCAGCAGCCGCAGAAUGCGGACGACGCUCCCGCGACGACGACGACGACGACGACGACGACGACGACGUCCGAAGCCCCCGCGGCGCCCGCGCCCGCAGCGACGACCAGCGGCGGCGCCGGGUCCAUGCUCGCGGCGCUCGCGGCGUCGAGCCCGGAGAAAUCGCCGCCGAUUCCCGCGAACGCGGCGGCGGCGCCGCCCCCGCCGGCGCAUCCGGCGCGACCGCCGCUCGGAGACGCCACGAACGACCCGGCCGCGCAAUCACGCGGUCAGGAGCUGGUCGCGGCGCAAAAGGCGCGCGCGCCGCCGCCGCCGCCGCCGCCGCCCGAGCCCGAGCCGCCGAUCGCGUCGACGUACGACCCGUCGUUCGUCGACAACCAGAGCGCCGGCUACGCGUUCGACCCCGUCACCGGGAUGCUCCGAGAUCCGGGCGCGCCGUCCGAGAACGCGAUGACGCGCACGCGCGUCGUCGAAUCCGGCGGCGUCGGCGGCGGGUUCCGCCGCGUUCAAGAGGACAGCGGCGGCGGCGCGAGCGAUCGAAGGGCGUUAGGCAGAGCGUUCGCGAUGCGCGCGGCCGCGGAGGACGCGAGCCAGGGGUCGUUGCGCGCGGUCGCGGUGGCGACGCAAUCGACGGUGACGUGUCUCGGCUUUUUCGCGCAAGGGAUACUCGCGGGCGUCGCGGCGACGAACGUCUUCAUGACGUACUUUCUCGACGCCGCGAACCUCCCGGGCGGGAGCUCGAACUCCGGGUUCUUGAAGUACUACUCCCCGAUCGCGGUGAUCGCGCAGCGGAUGUUCGUGACGCUGAGCGUGAUAUCGUUGCUCGCGUCGGUGGACAAAUACGCGAAGGAUUCGCUCGGCGGAUUUCUGCUGCAAGGUUUCGCCGUGCGCCGAUUCGACGCGCUCGCGAUUCUGUGCUUCUUUCUGUGCUUCCUCUUCAGCGUGAUCAACGUCCCGUUCGAGGACCGACUGUACUACGCGUACGUGCGCGUGCCGUCGUGGUGGGAGUACGAGACGCUCGCCGGGGAUUUCAACUCGGACGUGAACACGUUUCACGGGUUGAACUUUUCGCGGUGUUUCUUCGCGCUGCUCGGCUUCUUGUGCGUCUGCGCGACGACCACGCCCGCGGUGUUGGACGUCAUCGAGCGCGCGGAGGAACUCACGAAGGUGCACGCGGGCGAGCGGAGCUUCGGGGCGAAGGCUGUUUACGAGAACGACGAAGGAGAGAUGGAGCCGCCGCGCGGGUUUGGAAACACAAACGCGGGCGGCGGCGGCGGCGGCGGAUCGAGGACGCCGGACCGGAGGCGGUCGCCGGGCGGCAGCCCGACGCGAGGCUCCCCGGGGGGAUUCCAGUGGCGCGAUAACGCGGUCGCGGAGCGGGACGGGGUCGGGCGGAGUAGGUACGGGCAAGGGAGGCGAGGGUACUGAGCAGUUGUAACGUUAUUACGUAUGUU